GGUCAGACUACCUCGGAAUAAGCUGCGUGGCUUCUGUUGGUCAGAAUUAAUUGGAAUAGCAGACGCAAGAGGAGUUAUGAUGACCUGUAAGGAACACCUGCUCUGAUAGAAGAAACAGGAGUCAAGAGUUUAGCGGGGAAUAGAUCUUGAGUGCUGUUUCUUCUUAAGAUUCAGAAAGCUUCUAAAAUGAGUAAAAGGAAGAAGACACAAUUAUCAGAAGAAAACCAGGAGCUCAACAUUCCCAAAGCAAAGAAGACCCACAAGAGGAAGACCCAGGGAACAAGAGCCCGUGAUCAAGAAAAGCCAGGCGAGGCUUCUGACUCUAGUAGUAACUGUUCAAAAGCAACUGUACCUGAAGCCGUUCUAGAAUGUAAAGACCAUCACCUGAACAACAAAGAGAAAGAAAUUUUGGCUGCAGAUAUGGACACAAGCUCUGCAGAAGAAAACAAGAAUGUCUCCGCUGCAAUAAAAAUAUGUGCUAAGACCUUAAUGCCUCCAUCCCAAGAUGCAUUGGAGUCCACUGAAGCAGAAUGUGUGGUUAGCAAUGUACCAUGUGACACAGCAGGGAAAGCUUUCCAGAGCACUGUAGCUCCCUCAGAGUUGAUGAACUUAUCGGUGUCAAACAAGGAAGAUCUUGGAGAUCAAGGGAUUCUUCAUUGUCAGGAAACACAAGAUGUAAAAAUACAAAACCAGGACAGGACUGUAAGCAUAAAGAAUGGUGAUGUUGUGCCAGGAUCCAUUGAUUUCCAGCUAAAAGAAGCUCAGAAUCCAAACGAUAUCCCAGCAAACAUCUCCGAAAAACAAAAGACAAAAAGCAAAAAAAAAGUUUCCUUUUUGCUAUGUACAUCAGAUAGCAAAGACGCCCAAAGUCUCGAAGAAAGAGAACCCUCUGCAGGAUCUCUUGACCAUCUUCAAAGUAAUCAAAACACAGAAGCGCUAGAAGGUCCGAUUCUGCAGACCAAACAGGGGAGUCAAAAUAGAUGCGAGAAGUUAGGGCCAAUUACAAAACAAUCAAAAUUUGAUAUGUGUGACGUGAGAGCCAAUGAAGGAAGGAAAGCUUUGUCCAAGGGAGAUACUGACCAACAGAAUUUGACCCAGAUUCCCGAGGUGGAAAUAAGAACAGAAAACUCUCCCUCUUCCCUUUUCCAAGUUGGUGAGAAAGAAGGAAAAACAGUCAUGGGUGGGGAAAACAAACUUGUCUGUGUGGAGGGAUGUCUGUCCCCUGCAGAGGUUACUCCCCAGCUAGAAGGAGCAUUAGUGAAGAGUGAUUCUAGCAGAGAAAAUCUUGGUUCAAAAGCCCAGGGAUCCUUCCUGUCCACAGGCUCUGGGUCCAGUAUCAGUGCCCAAAACAACCUUGACGCCGUGACCCAAGCAGGCUCUCCUCUGGAAGACCCCCUUUCUGUGGAUCUAGAAUAUAUGCUUGACAGUCAACUACACAGCCCCUUUGAAAGCAACAACCUUGAACAUCUGCACAAGUCUCUCUCUCCAGAUGAUUCAUGUGCUGCAAGUGGAACGAAAUCUGUUGCUAAUGUAGCCCCACCAAACAAUGCCAGGGAUGAGAUGAUAGCAAGGGUUUGUGAUCCAGCCGGGGAAGAAGAUGCAACGGAUGUUGUUCGUGGACUGAUUAAAGAGCUGUCCAAUCUCAAAGGUGGCCCUGCACCACCAGCUGGGGGAGUUGAUCCUGCCCCUCCAGGGAUUGGGAUUACUUCCCUGGAGUUAGAGGGCAGAUCAUCCUCUGCAAUGGCAGGAGUCCUCCAUGAUGGCGGGAAACUCCUUGCUCGUCCCGCCUUGCUUGUGGGACUUACACCCGUAGAAGUGGAAUUAAAGAGCCUUUUGAUCAUGUAUGGGUUUGCCGGGUGCCUGCUGGGUCCCCACACCCGGCCUUUCCUGCGGCGCGGCGACUUGGUUGGUGCCCAGUGGCUCCCCCUGGGCCUAGCCGUGGAGCAGGGAGUCUUCUCCCUCACCAGAGGAUUGCACCGGCUGUGCUGGCUGUGCUGGCGGUGCCUGGCGCCCAUGCGGCUGGGAGCCCCCACCCACAAAAGGGGUGCUCUGGACUACUGCCCUCCUCAGCCUCCCUGCUGA